CGGCGGCCAGGUCACAUUUCUAGUUCAUCUGUUAUUCAUCCCCGCCCCUCUCCAUACCACCCAUCAUUACCGCCCGCUCACUGCGCUCGCUCGUCACCAUGGUCAAGUCGGUCCCCACAGAAUUCAAGCUCAACUCGGGCAACACCAUCCCUGCUGUGGGCCUCGGCACCUGGCAGUCUAAGCCAGGAGAGGUCGAGAAGGCCGUUGAGCACGCUAUCAAAAGCGGGUAUCGCCACAUUGACGGCGCGUUGUGCUACCAGAACGAGGAGGAGGUCGGCAAGGGUGUCAAGGCAUCCGGCGUCCCCCGCGAGGAGCUUUUCCUCACCUCCAAGCUGUGGUGCACGUACCACGACCGCGUUGAGGAGGGCCUCGACAUCACUCUCAAGGACCUCGGCACUGACUACCUUGACCUGUACCUUGUCCACUGGCCUGUGCGCACCGUGGAGAACGGGACGAGCAAGCUCUUCCCCACCAAGCCGGACGGGAGCCGCAACAUCGACCGCUCGUGGGACCAGGCUGAGACCUGGCGCCAGAUGGAGGCUGUCCUCGCUAAAGGCAAGGUCAAGGCGAUCGGCGUCUCCAACUGCUCCGAGCUCUACCUUGAGCGCCUGAGCAAGACGUGGAAGGUCGUCCCCGCCGUCAACCAGGUCGAGCUCCACCCCUACAACCCGCAGCAAAAGCUCAAGGCGUACUGCGACAAGCAGGGCAUCCGCCUCCAGGCGUACUCGCCUCUCGGUAGCGCUGGCUCGCCGCUGCACGACGACCCGGAGAUCAAGAAGAUCGCGGACAAGCACGGCGUGAGCGUCGCCACCAUCCUCAUCUCGUACCAGGUCAACCGUGGCGUCGUCGUCCUCCCGAAGAGUGUUACGCCCUCGCGCAUCGACGACAACAAGAAGGUCAUAGCGCUCGACGAGGAGGACAUGAAGACCCUCGACGGGCUCGCGGCCGCCGGUAAGCAGCACCGCUUCGUCUCGCCGCCUUGGGGCACCGACUUUGGGUUCGAGGACUGGUUCGGCCCCGGCAACGAGAAGGCACCAGAGGGCACAGUGUUCGAGUCUCGCGGCCAGACUUUUGAGAAGUAGAAUUAGAGGAGGUGGACUGCUUAGUCGGCUUAAUGCAGCGUGUACCCUAUGACAAGGC